CGUAGACGGCACUUCCUCUGACGUAAGCACUGAAAAUGGCUUCCAAGGAGCAGGACACUUCCAGUGAAGGAAUAAAGGCAGGAGACAUGCCAAACCCUUCAGAAAGAUCCUCGAGGAAGCGCACAUCCUCAACAUCCUCGCGGAAAUCCUCCAUCACCACGCCGCCAUCUUCACGACGUAAUUCACUGUCGACACCAAAGUCACCUGGCAGCAGAAAGUCAACACCCACACCUAGCAAAUCUGGUGGUACCCCUGACUCCAACAAAAAGCCUCCAAACAGAGCCGGGAUAACAUGGAAACCUGGAGAGAAACUAGAGGCCAAAGAUUUCCUGCAGAAGUGGUACCCAGCCAAGAUUGUAGAAAUAGACCAGAAAGAGGAAGAGGUACUAAUUCAUUUCGAAGGAUGGAAUUCGCGGUUCGAUGAGUGGCUGGAGAUGACCAGCGAGAGACUUCGACCAAUCACAAGGCACUCAGAGCGCAAGGACAAACCAGUUCAGAAGGUUAAGAAGGCGAAAUACAAAAUCAGCGAUGUGGUGUUAGCCAAGUGGUCGGACUGCCGUAUGUAUCCUGCCAAGGUGACUGACGUCCUUCAUGACAACAUGUACGAAGUCAUGUACUAUGAUGGUAUACGGAAAGUGAUCCAAAAUAUCAACAUCAGGCCUUUGCCUCCUGAAAUGCAAGAUCAGGAAUUCCACAUAGUCCCCCCUGAAGCAACUGUUGUGAACCCCCUUAUGCCAACAUUGUCAAAAGAAGACAGACGGCUGCUGAAGAAGAAAGAAAGAAGGGAUUUUACCAAUAGUCCAGGCUUUAAGAAAAAAUUAAAGCAGCAUGGUCAUCAUGAAAGCACAGAGCCCAAAGAAAGGAAAAGCACAGAGACCAAAGAGAAAGAAGGAAAAACGGGGAAGACAGCAGUGAAACAGAAGGAUCAGGCAUCAGUUAAAAAGACAGUGAAAGUGGAGGAUAAAGUCUCUCAGAAGAGAGAAAAACCAGACAAGAUAACACAGAGACUUAAAAAGGAAGAAAAGCAAAAGAGGCGAGAGAAGAGAAGAGAGGAGAGACUGAGGGUAAAGAAGGAAGCUCUGAAAGCCAAGGGCCGGAAAACAGACUAUGCAAAGUUUUUGAAGCGAAAGAAGCUUCUGAUUGGAGGAACCUUCCAGGCAAAAAGGAAGUUCCAAGACGUGCAGAAAAUGAGGAAGAAAAAGUUGAAAGAAGAGCAUCUUAAGAGACAGAAAAAAGAGAAAGUUGUCUCAUCAGAUGAAGACAUUGAUUCAGAUGGCAACAAUGUUGAACCAAGUAGUUUAGAGCAGAACACUCCCCCUUUGUCUCCACAAUCUAGGAGAAUGAACAGUGCAGUCAUUGCUAAGAAAAAGGCAAAGCAAGCAGUCACUCCCUCUCCCCCUACAAAGAACACGCCGCCGGAGACACCCAAAUAUCCUGAAGGAAAAGUUAAAAGAAAAGGAUUAGGAGAGCAGAAGAAAAUCCGACGAAAGCGCCGCAUAGACAGUAGCCCUGAUAGUGCAGGGAAGAAAAAGAAACUGAAAUUUUAUGCAGAAGUCCUGGUUCCCGCCACUGAUCCUGCUCCCAAAGAAUUUGUGGUGAAAAAAGACCACAACCAAUACAAGUGCAUUUUCACGGAUUGUGACAAGAGCUAUCGUAAACAAAGUCUUCUGGACUACCAUCUGAAAUAUUAUCACACUGAAGAUGGCACUCCAAUCCAGCCUCCACCUCCCAGACAGAGGAAGAAAACAAUCAGCAUGUGUUCCAAUGAGUCCGAAGUCUCCAUCUUGAGUGACCUGCCCCUGUCAGAAUUGGUUUCAAAGCCAGCCAAAAAGAAACGCAUGUCGUCUGCUGAGUCAGAACGCAAGCGCCAUCUGUCAGCAAUGUCUACAGACAGCAGGGCAACAGUGGAGUACCAGGAUGACACGGCUUGUCUUGAUACUGCUGAAGCAGGGUCUGUCCACAGUUUCACAGCAGACCAGGAUGGUUUUAAGUCCACAGAGGACACCAUGGACAUGCUGGACAUGGAGGAUGGCCAGGAAGGGCCGGAGGAGCUUAGCGACGAAGUGGUCAACUGUAUCUGCAUGCUGAAUGAGGAGAAUGGACUCAUGAUCCAGUGUGAGUGCUGCAUGUGCUGGCAACAUGCGGACUGUUUGAAUGUGACUGCGGACACUUUACCCAGCAAAUAUGUCUGCUCCAUAUGUCAGAACCCAGUGGGCGUCCGUGAGAGUGCUCGCUUCAUCUGGGACCAGGAUAUGUUUAAAACGGGCCAGCUUGCCAGGUUUGCCUGUAACUCACUUGUGGACACAGGACGCAAGUCCCCCUUCAUGCUGGCCACUAAUAACCUGCUGGGAGACAUGCACAACAUUAACCUGGUGUUGAAAGGGUUAAAACAAAAGAUUAAGUUAUUGAACUCCAAAGAUGACCCUGACCUUGACCUUUGGGCCAGAGAGCUGGAAAGAAGGAGAGAGAUAGAAAAAGAGAGAAUGGAGGAAGAGUUGAGACUUGAAGAAGAAACAGGACAUUUAGAAGAAGAAGAGGAGUAUCCAGAGGAAGGAAAUAUUUCUCAUAGGUUUAUUCAGGGAUCAGAGGAGCUUCCUGGACCACUGCAUUCUGGGAUGCCUCCAAAUGACUUGCAAAAUGGCGGUGUUGAUUUGACAGGUGAAAAAGUACACAGAUCAGAAAGUGUUGACAAAGAAGUGUCUGUUCCAGAAAAGACAAGUGAUUUGGCUUCAGGAAAGCAUCAGGUGGGCAAUGAGGGCAGUGCUGAACAAGUUUCAUUGAAGGAAAGAGAAACGGAAGAUUUGGCAAUCAAACCAAAGCCCUCAGACCCACAGGGUGGUAAGUCCACAUUACCACUGCCCAGAAGUGCCAGAAACAACUCCAGUUUAGACUCAAAUGAGGAAAUUGAUGUCAUUGGCUUAUCACCAACUCAAAAAACUUUCCCUUCAGUACCCAGUUCAACCAGUGUCUUAAGUGAAGUGGACCAGUUGUCGAAUGCUGGUCAGUCUCAGCAGACAGAGGAGACAUCUUCUAGUGAUAAGGCUUCAGAUGGAGUCUCAAAGGUUGUUGACAACUCAACUGCCAUCCAGGCAAAAGCAGCAGAUAGUGAAGGUGCUGCCAAGGAAAAACUGCCUACUGUUGGCUCCACAUCCCAAGACCAGUCUGUGUCAGCAGUAACAAAGACUGUACCCUCAAAAUCAGAUGUGAUCAGUGUGAGUGCAUCAUCUUUGCCCACUCCCCAGGCUGGUCUUGGAGAGUACAAACUGUCUCCAGUGCCCUCUAGGGUUAAGUUGGUUGGGAGCAGUGUCUGGACACCAGUUGCCAAGAAUCUUACCACUUUGGACAAACCACAAGAAAACAACAGGAACCAACAAGAAAAGAGCCCCCCAGCAGAGACUGGACCCCCAGCAGAGCAGGAGGCUCCCUCUGGUGGCAAUCAGAAAUCUUCAGACACCAGCAUAGACUUGGACGUAGAGGAAGACAGACACUUAGUGGCAGAACAGCGACUGAGAGAACACAUUCAUCAAUUACAAGAUCAACUGGAGAAGAAACUUGACAGUGUGGAACAGCAGGUGGAUUUUUUGGAGGCAGAAAUUAUAGGUGGCAGCUCAAGUCAAGAUGAUCCUCUUGAAGACGUUGCACAGCUGAAAAAGUCCCUUCAUAGUAUUCUCUUUGACCUAAGCAAGGUGAAGAGGAUGGCCUUAUACCACUGACACCAGCUCCAGCCCAGUUUAUAGAAAUAGGUUGCAAUUCACAAAGAAUCUGCAGUCAAAAACCAUUAUUAUAUCUAAACAUAAAUUCUGCAUUUUGUAAGGGACAAAAUUAUUGGACAAUCCAUUCACAAGCAAUUCAUAAAGACGUAUCCCUUUGAGAAAUAGAAAUUAUACAGAUGUGCUCUUUUGUGGUGAAUGAAGUUUCUGGAGCAGAGGAUCCCAGUUGUAAUAAAAGAAAACAAAUGAAAGCUGGUUUUCUGU